CCCCGCCAACGUGCAAAGAAACGUCAGAACAAGGUGGCAGAAAUCAGCCACCAUAGUUAUGUCUAUAUAGUGUCAAAAUGUUUUAAAGCUUUUCAUUGUAAAUAGAUACGCAAGGAUAAAACUAUAAUUGUAUUUAUAUCUUUUGACAGUGAACUAUUCAGCGGAAGAAAUCAUGGCAUCAGAAGAGUUCCCGGGAGUGAUCGAGCUGAAUGUUGGAGGGACCCACACGUUUACCACGCACCUGUCAACCCUCACCAAACACAAGGACAGCCGACUGGCGGAUAUGUUCACUGGGCGCGCCGACGUCCACAAGGACAAAGACGGCCGCUACUUCCUGGACGUAGAUGGUUCCACAUUCGCUGUGAUUCUUGACUACAUGAAAUAUGGUUUUACCCCCGACCAGAAUCCUAAUCAGGACUUCAAAACAGACGAGAUUAUGAGACUGUAUGCGAGCACAUUGUCUUUAGGACUGAAAGAUCUUUCAAAGCAUUUGGAAAAUCAUUUCCCUUUGCUAGUCGAAAACAAGCAUAUCUUUGGAUCCGCCAUGUUCCCAACGAGUGAAUGUGUACGCGAACUUCACAUCGGAGAACCAGGGCAUCCUAGUCAGCCAGACGGUCGUCUGUUUGGUGCUCAGUCUCGCCCGAUACCUCAGAGGACGAGUUUUGGUAGAUCAGGGUAUCCACAGAAAACUGUGUUUGGAAGCUAUACACCACCGAAACCUGUAUUUGGACAAAACGCCGCCGAAACACACAAGUUCGGUCAAAGUUCACCAUUUAAACUAACACCGGCGUCAACAUUUGGACAACCGAGUUCUCAAGGAGAAGUGAGAGAAAAAUCGUUGGAGACAGAGAGUCUGGCAUCACCAAAACAACAACAACAACAACAACCGCAUAAUUUUGGAAAGCUUCCCGAAUUUUGCAGCCCAUUUAGGCAUAUUGAAAGCCCGGCUCCCGGAUCCUUGGGCCUGUUUGGUGAAUCAGCGACCGGGGGUUCGGAGAUGCCGACUUUGACCGAUUUGGGUCAAUACGGAGCACCGAAAGUUUCUAAUGAGCUGAAAUUUAGCGAUGACGAAGGACCUCCAACCAAGUAGUUAGUGUCAAACUGUUGAUAAAAAAAAUACUGUAUAAAUACGUAUAAACGAAACCGUUCUAAUAGACAUAUAAACUAAAAGUAAGAUCUAGAACGGUUACCUGUUGUGUAUAUACUUAGGUAUGAUGAACUUUUGUGAACUUCUUUUUGAACAAAAGGAAAACUACAAAAAGGCACUUCGUAUCAUUUGGUGCACACUUCAUUGGCUGUAUAAAUUGAGAGCCACAACUUGUAAAUGAUAAUGUUUCUUCUUUCAACACUGCAUGGAUGUCGUUUAGUAUGAUGGAUUUUUUUUUCUGACAGUAGCUGUUUACUUGUACUAGUACUUGACAAUUAUUUUAAUUGGAAUUAAACUUUUAUAUAUGUGUGUAAGUUUUAAGCUUUGUGAUAUUGCCAUUUUUGAUAAUUUGCUAUUUGUUUUAUAAAUAAGAAAUAUAUUAUAAAGUUUUAGUAAUAUUUUACUUUCGUGAUUCCUUACAUGUUAUAUAUGUUGGUAUCAUAUACAAAACUAUAUAAGUAGCAUAAGCAUA